UGAUUGCCAUGGCUACAGUGAUACCAGCUUGACAGAGAAGCACGUUUCUUUGAUGCUGUUACACAGAUAUAAAUGCCACUGAACCAAUGAUUUGAAAAGCAGAGAAUAUAAUUAUUGGCACUAUAAUUAUUGAAGCAGGUGUGUUAUGUAUGACCGAGCCGCUCGCAUAACUUCCAAGCCGUCUGGAAGUACUGAUCCCAAGGUGGGGCCUGGGACGUACAAUCAUCUGGACCAGAACAGGGGCAAAGUGAGUUAUGCUCCGUUCCAAUCGAUGGCUGUUCGUGAGAGCUUCCUGACCGUAAAUGACACUCUGGCGGCUGCCCCCGGCCCAGGUCACUACACUCUGGAGGCUGGGACUGGUUUCGGCAGUGAUAAGGGAAAGGGACCAUUACAUAGCAAGGCUGAGCGAUUCCCCCCUCCUCCCUCCAAGACUCCUGGCCCUGGAUCCUACACUGUCUCCAAGGAGUCUGACUGGAUACGCAAUACCUACCCCCCACCAGAGGCCAUUGAAGUACCUCGCUCUGUAUCCUUUCACAACAGAGACAUGCUACGAGUUGGUCAUGUGAUGUUCCACCGCCAACAGACGGCUCCCUCAAUCCCAAUGGCCGGUCAGAACUAUGGCUAUGAAGAGAGUGAUGAUGGGCGUCUCAAGCCACAACUAGUGCCAGCCGCUGACUCCUCCAUGGGACCUGCCUACUACAAUGUAUCAUAUGGAGAAACACGAUCAACUCGUAACUACAAGGGAGUCCACUUUGGCAAUCAAAAGUCUUACAGGACUCAGUUUAGAGGUGCCGAGGGUCCUGGUCCAGGAGAUUAUGACCCAUCACAAAUCAUCAAGCAGGUCAAACCCAGUGACUCAAGAGCACAAGCACUUGCCAAUAUACCACGCUACCAUGAGUUGGUCACUAAACUGGAAGAGAAAAAGGCUGUCCCCGGUCCAGGGCAGUACGAAAUUAAAUCUCAGUUUGUGAAGAGGGCACCCCUUGCUGAGGAGGAGACAGAGGAUGGGGACACUGGAGGAACAAGAAAGGCUCCUUUCGGAUCAAGUCUACAGAGAUUUCUGUCUCCAAAGAGCAAUUCACCAGCUUCAACCUCCUACGAGGACCCGAGGACAGCCUUUGAGAGCACCAAGCGACUGGCUCCCAUGAGCAAGGCUCCGUUCGGUCAGACCUCCUCCCGGUUCAAAGCCGACAGACAUGCCCGAUUCCUACCAGGUCCUGGAGCAUACAACGACAACCAUGCAACUAGCAUGACUACUGAGUUGGCCAAGCGGUCCAUUAUUAAUGGUGUUCAUCAGCAUCCGUUUGGUACAACGUCAGUGAGGACUGUCCCUCUAGUUAAGAAGGAUGAUUUACACAUGCCAGGCCCUGCUGACUACCUGAAACAGGACCCCUCAUCAGAAGAGGUUGAUCCCGAGAGCACUCACUUGAUGAAGGCAACACAGAGACCCAAGAAUUCAUCCAUGUUCUCCUCUACCAGCAAAAGACUCUACGUUCCUCCGGCAAUUGUCGCUGACAUUCCUCCACCUGGUUCUUAUGAAGUAUCUGAUUCCUAUAGCAAGUCCCAAGGGAGGCUGGACAUUAAUGCUCGAGUUAUCAGCAACACAUUCCUGUCGACGUCGGAGCGAUUUGCACCACCACGAGACAUCCUUUUUGGAGAGCCAGACUCUGCAAACCCAGGGCCUGGAGAGUACGAUUCGCAAGGAUCUUUAGGGCUGGGUAAGGGAGGCCGAAUUUGUUGUAAAGAUGACAGAUUCAAAGACCACAACAGACAAGUCCCAGGGCCUGGAACAUACCAGUUGAGUGAGGCACAAAGAAAUACUGUUCUAAAGGGGACGUUCAAUUCAACUCUAGACAACCCCCUCGCUUCAAACAAAGUACAUUCUAACAGAAAACGUGUGCUAGGUGGUGUUUAGUGUAGCUUUUUGAUGAACGAUGAGCUUCAUUUAUUUUUAUGGAUGUACAAUUUCACUUCCAUGCCAUAGUUACAAUGUAUAAGUAAUAAAUUAAUAUCAGCGUAAUUAAUUUAUAAAAAUUAUUAAUUUAAUUCAGCCAUGUGAAUAAACAGUUUCAGCAGUACUUAAUAGUGCACAUUAAUUAGCUACAUUAUAAUAAUUAUUACAAGUUUAGUUCUCACAUGAAAGUUAAGUGUUCGGCAUCUUCUGGUAGCAGUGCACAUUGGGAUGAAUCAUUGAUGUGUUCAUUGUGUGGAAAAUUAGCAACGUUAUGUUGUUCCACCAUCUGAACUUGCUCUUGACUGAAUGUUGUUGACCCAUUUGACAAUACAACAGAAUCGAGGAGGGAAGUCUGGGUUGCUGGCUCGAGGUCUCUCGCUAUCGAGUCUAUCAGACUAUCUUGAGUGUUAUUCGAAAAGACAAUGUCAUUUGUUUCUUGUGAGUGUGUCUCUACGUUAUCAUUGUAGCGUUUCGAAGAGAGGUCGACUUUUUCUUGCAGCCCGUCUGCAUCAUCAUACGUUAUUUUCUCCACUUUGUAAGUUGGUCGUUUCAGUUUGAUGUAAACAUGAGGUGGUAGCUGCCUGGAUUUCUUAGGCUUUUCAGUAGUUCGAUUACCAUCGAUUGUGUCACCAUUUUCAAUGAUAAGUGAAGUUUCGGCUUCCUUCUCAUCAAUGCAGUCCGUUCCAUACAAUCUCAAUAGUUUCUCAUCAAAGGUGGUGGAUUCAUAACCAGGAGACAGCUCCACAACAUCUAACGGUACUUUACCAUCUUCUUUUUCAAGUGUUCUUUCAACAGAGCGUCUAAUUGUGCUGGUGGAACGUCCGUAUCCAUAGCUAUUUCCAUAGCUAGUGAGUCCAGUGUCACCUGAUUCAGAGUCAAGUUUCCUUUUUUGUUGUUUUUUGUGGUUUGCAUGCGAGUUACCAGACGUUGAUGACAGUGGUGCAGUGAGCGAUUUCUUCCUCCUGUAUUUGUUGCAGGUGAGUAAGUUCUUCCACUCAUCGCGAGCGUCUCCACCAAUCACACAGAAGAACAGGAACAACAUGAAUCCUUGAGUGGUGUUGAAGAUGACAAACAGCCACUGGAACACGAUUGCACCCUCACCAAUACUCAAC